AGAAAUACGAAUCUGAUAUCAAAACGUAAAGACAGACGAAGAAAUGUAAAGCAUUUUGCCCGGUGUACUAAUGAUUCUGCCAGCUCACUGCCUUGGUUUAAUGUAACUAUAGAGCUAAGUCGAAGACCUUCCCAUAAUGAAGACUCAACAGAGGUCCCAUAUAUAACGGAAAUAAAUCUUAACCGGAAAUGCCGGUAGAAUGCUGGGAUCGUUGCCAAUUUCAGUGUUUAUCUCAAGAGAAAGCUUUCUUGUGUUUAUUUUUAUUUCACAAAUAUUUUAUAUUUUCUUUGCCCUACGUGUCUACACUGACUUUAUUAUUUUGGUAAGCGCAAACCUAAUUAAGUGAUACUUGCAUAUUUAAAAGUUUACCUCACAUAGACUAUUUGGAUCUGAAAAUGGGCAAGCAUCAAUUCGCCAAAAUCUUCCUUAUUUUUUUAACAUUUGCUGUGCACAUUGCUAUGCUUGGUGUUAGUUACUUGGCAGUAUUUCCAGAAAAAAGUCAAGGCCUGUUUACUGCUGAAACUGGUAACAUUUCUCAUAAAUAUGAUCUGGCUGCAGUUCCUGAUGAUUCAACUUUCUCCAUUUGGGGUGCAAUUUACCUGUUAGAAGCAGUGUGGCUUUUUUAUGCAAUCACAACUGUAUUUCGGUCAACUUCCAAAGGACCUUUAUAUGUUUCAUGUAAUGUAAUGCCUCCUCAAAUGCUUAUUGCUUUUAUACUUAACUGUGUUAUUAAUAUAAUUUGGUUAAUUUUGUUUGACAGAGAAAAAAUUCUUUAUUCUGGUAUCAUUAUUCCCUUCCUUCCAAUUUGCCUUAUAUACUGCCUAGUCCUUUCUCAUAGAAGAUUGCAUUCUUAUUCUGUCUUCAUGAUUAAAGAAUCUUUGCUUUUUGAUGUUUGGAUUAAUCGUUUCUUAGUCCAAAAUGGUAUUGCCAUAAAUGCUACAUGGACAUUUAUUGCAACAUGUUUGAACUUCGGAAUGGUUCUUACCUAUGUUUAUGAUGUCAAAGAAGAAAUUUCUAGUAUUAUUGUUCUGAUGAUGGUGUCGAUUGGAACUCUGUUAUAUACUUACUUUGAUUACAAGCGCAAACUUACCCACUAUACAGUGACACCAUAUAUGGUUGUUUGCUGGGCUACAGUUGGCAUACUGCUUAAACAUGCUGCAGAAACUUCUUGGACUAAUAUUACUAUAUUGUCUGUUGUUCUCCUGGUUGGUACUUGCAUUGUGUUGGGGUUCAAAGUCUUCUCCAUUUUAUUUCCAUUAAAAACUGAUCGUAAAAGUAAGGUGAAGAAAAGUUCUUAAACAUGAAAGUCCGUUGAAAUUAGAGGACAAAUAAAUCUCACAACUAAAUAUAAGAAAAUAUUUUUUUAGUACAAAUUCUUUUUACUAAGACUAUCUUUAAUUUUAUAUUUUACUGAUACUUAUUUAUAAAACACAUUGGAGUGGCAGCUGAACUUAAAACUAUAAGGGCCUAAACUAUUUUCAAAAAAACUUCUUUUUAUAUAUGUAUGUGGAUUCCAUUGCUCUCCAAAAUGGAAAAAGCUACAUUUUUCUAAGUCAAUAUAUCCAAUAAGUACAAAUCAUCUCUCAAGAUACUUGUCAUACAUUUUUUAAAACAUGCUUAUAGUUAUUACAAGCACCCAAGCCUUUCUUAACAUUAUAACAAUCUUAAAGUUAUAAGAAUGAUAAAUUGGAUGUCUUCUUUAUUAAUUGCCCAUCAUCUGGUACAGUAUCAAAAAUUACAGAUUCAAUACUUUAGAAAGCUAAAUUUCUAUACAUGUUCAUCAUAGUGGUACUAAAUUGUCAUUAAGAUUACUUCUAACUUUAAAGAAAAAUCAUCAAAAUGCCUUUUGAAUUUCAUUCACUUGAACUUUUAAUCUCAAUACAUUGAUUAAAAUAUAAAGUUUACACUAAAUUAGAUUAUAUUUUUCCACUGAAAAUUGUAUAAUUUUUUUUUUUUUUUUAAAUUUUCAUAUAAUAAGCAAACUGAAAAAUUAAACAGAAUGAUAUUUUCCUAUGUAAAGUUUUAGAAUUCAGUAUUAUACAUUGAAAUCAUUUAUACAUUAAAUCAUUGAUACAAGUUUGUGACAAAAACACUUAUAGAUUGUGUCUUUUAAAAUGUUUGAAGUAAUUUAAUAUACUACUCAUUGUUUCAAGGAUAUUUGUGGAUCAUACUGUUACUAUGUCUCAAUUAUCAUGUGUAACUUUUCUUAUUGAACUGUUUUCGCUGUGUUUUAAAAGAACUAAAACUUGUAUAUAGACUGACUUUUGCACUUUUUUACAUUUUCAUAAUCAAACUUUCCAUAACAAAAUUGCAUUAGUUUUUCUCAUUUUUAUGUAGUAAUUUUUAAAUAAAAAAAUUAUUAAACAUUUUA